GGCCGCGUCGCGGCUAUGGCGGCGGGUGACCUGUUUGUUUCGCACAGCCUCUCCGCCCCGGAGAGCCCCGGCGAGGCGGCGCCUGGUGGAGAGGCGGAGCCCGCGGCCCUCCCCGGUGAGGCGGCGGGAGGCGAGGGGGAGCGCGGGCCGGGCGGCGGCGCGGAGGCCGCGGGGCAGAGCGAGGGGAAGGCGGAGGAGAACGAGGCGGAGGAGGCGGCCGUGAAGCCCUCGCAGAACAUCGCGGUGCAGACUGACUUCAAAACGGCCGACACGGAUGCGAACACAGAUCAGGACAUUGAGAAGAACCUGGACAAAAUGAUGUCUGAGAGGGCUUUGCUAAAGGAACGGUACCAAGAGGUGUUGGACAAACAGCGGCAAGUGGAGAACCAGCUGCAGGUGCAGCUCAAACAGCUCCAGCAGCGGAGGGAAGAAGAGAUGAAGAACCACCAGGAGAUUCUGAAAGCAAUUCAGGCAGUUACGAUCAAGCGGGAAGAGACAAAGAAGAAGAUGGAGAAAGAGAAGAAGGAAUUCCUGCAGAAAGAGCAGGAUCUGAAAGCAGAAAUUGAGAAACUCUGUGAGAAAGGCAGAAGGUUGCUGAAGGAGCAGGAGGAGAAGGAAAACAAGAUUGCUUCUCUGAUUGCAGAGCAGUCUGAUGAAAAGCAGCUAUGGGAGAUGGAGCUAGAUAAGCUGAAGAACCAACACAAUGAGAUCAACAGGAACAUCCUCGAGGAGACAGAACGGGCCUGGAAAGCAGAGAUCCUGUCCCUGGAGAGCCGAAAGGAGCUGCUGGUGUUGAAACUAGAAGAAGCAGAAAAAGAAGCAGAGCUGCACCUCACCUACCUCAAGUCUGCACCACCAACACUGGAGACCAUGAGGCCAAAGCAGGAGUGGGAGAUGAGGCUGAACAGGAUACGAAUGACUAAGGAAAGUGUCCGAGAUCAGUUCAAUGACCACAUUCAGAUGGUGAGAAAUGGAACGAAGCUGAGCAGCCUCCCACAGAUCCCAACCCCAACACUGCCACCUCCACCCUCAGAAACAGAUUUCAUGCUGACGGCAUUCCAGCCCAACCCAUCCCUUACUCCCAGGCUCCCAUUUCCCAUAGGACCGGUUCCUGUUCCCAUGGUCAUGCCAAGUGCUGAUCCUCGGGCACUCUCUUUUCCUCUCCUGAACCCUGCAAUCUCCAGACCCAACCAGCCUUCCCCACCGCUGCCUGCAUCCCAAGGAAGAAACAGCCCCGUCGUGGCAUCGCUUAUUGGCACACACAGUCCUCACAUGACUCCUGCAGCCUCCAUCCCUCCUCCACCAGGCCUGGGAGGAGUUAAGGUUACUCCGGAGUUUCACAGGCCACAGCCAGCAGAUAAGCUGGAGAAGCUGCUGGAGAAGUUGUUGACUCGAUUUCCCCAGUGCAACAAGGCCCAGCUCACCAACAUCCUGCAGCAGAUCAAGACUGCUCGGAGGACAAUGGCGGGUCUGACUAUGGAGGAGCUGAACCAGCUGGUGGCAGCCAAGCUUGCGGAGCAGCAGGAGCGGGCAGCAGCUGGGGCUCAGCCUCUCAGUCGAAUCAGGGCACCCAUGUUUUCUGCUCCACUGCCUCAGAUCAGCACGCCAAUGUUCCUGCCCCCAGCCCAGGUAGCUUACCCUGGAACAGCAUCACAUACCCCAGCUGCCUGUAAGCUAUGUCUCAUGUGCCAGAAGCUUGUACAGCCCGGCGACCUUCAUCCCAUGGCCUGCUCACAUGUGCUGCACAAGGAGGUAAGUCCUUCCUUGCUACGUACAUCUUCUGUGUUUCUUAAUUAUGGUUCCCAGUACAGAUUCCUUUCCUGGGUCCCUGGCCGUAUGUAAUGAGUUCCUGUUGUAUGGAGACUUUGCCAGGAGAAAGGUAUGAUCAAUCAAUUGACUUCUCUGUGUCCUGUCACUUCCCACUGCUCUUAUCUGAGCCAUCCUGAAUGGCCGUUUGGUGGUGGCUUUAAGAACAAGGCUAUCCUUAUUCGGCCUUGGAGCUUGUGCUCAUUUUUAGGAGGGUUAAAUCUUGGCCUUUUGCAUUCCUGGAGGAGGAGAGUCUGGGAGGUUAUAGAACACAGGGUGAUGGAGAAAGCUUGCACUCUCACCUCAUUGCUGGUGCACUGCAGGCCUGUGUACAGGAGCUCGGUUGAAAAGGGCUCCCCUGUCCCAGUGACCGUUUGACUGAGCUGUUCCUAAGGAGCAAAUAAGCCAUCCCAUAAAACGGAUGCCCUUUGCCAUCACUUCUGGAAAAGUAACGCCACGCUACGUUCACAGCACUUUUGAGUUGUGCCAGUGGCUCUUGACUAAUUCUCUUUCUUCCAGUGCAUCAAAUUCUGGGCACAAACCAACACAAAUGACACUUGCCCCUUUUGUCCAAGUCUCAAAUGACGGCUACUCGAACAAAGUGGUCCCACGGGAAGAGUUGCUGUGAAUAGACAGGAUCAGUUCUAAGAUUUCUACAGUUCUAUAUUUAUACGACCAUGUAUACACAUGUACAUUUUUAUUAUAUAGGUAAUGUGUGUAUAGAAAGUCUGUAUACAUACAAAUUCAUAAAUAAAGUGUGUAUAUUAUGCAGUGAUUUGGUGCUGCUCCUUAUUAGUUUGUAGCCUUGCUGGCUUCCUUUCCAACGUGUGUUAAAGCAUAACCUGCCUGCUGGGACUCUGUUCCCCUCGAUGGGAUGUCUCGCAUGCCCAUGCCCCAGCAAUCCCCUGCCAUGCCACAUCCAUCUGCUGCUCCUUGUGCAUGCUCUGAGUAGUUCCCCUCCUAGCAAUGAACAGAUUGCAGAUGAAAAGCUUUUUGUUUUUUUUUUCUUUAAUGUAAUAAUUUACUGUGUUAACAUUCAUUGUUCUUACACAGACAAUAGGUUACAGAGUACCGGAGUCUAUAGCGACAGCCUGCCGUAGCCAUCCCCAUCCCUCCUCCCUCUGGGCAGAGUUCUGUGCACACUUUCUCCUGGUGUUUCCUGUUGUAGUUUUGGGUCCUGGGGAGGGAGCACUGGGGAACGAACAAAUUUGGCUGCACUGCAGCUCAGGAUAACCAACCAGUUGCAGUUCCUCAUAUCCCCUCUCCUGUACUUUCUCCUAAAGCCCGGGCUGAUGCACCAACCCUUUCUCCGUGGAUUUCAAUCAGAUUAGAAGGUGCUCAGCACCACUUAAAAUCUUGUACUUAUUCUGUAGGUUUUUUUUUUUUUUUUUUUGCAGUCUGUGGCACAAAUUCAGCACUGCUAGAAGCACCUUUGCGUUGGGGUUGGUCAGUGCAAGUGCUGCCAGGGUACAAUGUGCCUGAAUUUGGCCACAGUCUGAAUCCUUCUACACGCACACACACGC